AUCGAGUCAACCACAGCCACGACUCAUCCCUCCUCUGCCUGCAUCCCUCGCCGCCGGCGCGCGACCUCCACACGCCACCCGCCGCGAUGGCCGCCGCCGCCUCCGCCACGGCGCUCGCCGGCGCGGCCCUCCCGCUGCCCCUCUCCGCGCGACCUCAACCCGCUCGGUUCUCCGCGGUGGCGCUCCCCCGGACGGCCCCUCCCCCCCCGGCCCUGCGGCUCCGGUCCGUCCGGCGCCUGGCGGCGGCGGCCGAGGGGCCCCCGGCGGGCAUGAAGGAGACGCUGGACAAGGUGGUGUCGGCGCACAAGGUGGUGCUGUUCAUGAAGGGGACCAAGGACUUCCCGCAGUGCGGCUUCUCCCACACCGUGGUGCAGAUCCUGCGCUCCCUCGACGUGCCCUUCGAGACGCUCGACGUGCUCGCCAACGACGCCCUCCGCCAGGGGCUCAAGGACUACUCCCGCUGGCCCACCUUCCCCCAGCUCUACAUCGACGGCGAGUUCUUCGGCGGCUGCGACAUCACCCUCGAAGCAUACAAGAGCGGAGAACUGCAGGAGACGCUUGAGAAAGCAAUGUGCUCUUAGCGAACAGCGGGCCAUAUCAUACUGUAAACCGUUAUAUAUGUUCUAGCCCUUCUUGACGUACUCUUGAGCACACGACAGAGAACUGGAGAUACAAUUGCUAAGUUGUACUCCCUCCGUUCCAUAAUGUAAGACGUUUUUUGACAAAAAACGUCUUACAUUAUGGGACGGAGGGAGUGAUUAUUUCAAAUCGUGAAGCAGUGAGAUCCCAAAUGUACAAUUCACUUUGGCUAUGAUAAAUUUUGUGCAAUGUGUGGUGAAUCGUGCUGUAUCAGUUCCAUGUA